AUGUCUGAUGGCAGCGGCUAUUCUCUGGGGGGUGGCGUGUCUGAUGGCAGCGGCUAUUCUCUGGGGUGUGUGCAGCCGGCUGCUGACACCUCCAAGUCGCGCUGCUCAGGAACAGUGAGCGGAGGAUGGCCUGGCCGCUCUGUCUGGAGCAGGUGCGCGGGGCCACGCCUCAGCGACGGGAGCCACUGGCGCACCCAGCAGACGGCCGCGCCCCAGAGACAGGGCCCGCAGCACCCAGCAGAGGGCCGCGCCCCAGAGACAGGGCCCGCAGCACCCAGCAGAGGGCCGCGCCCCAGAGACAGGGCCCGCAGCACCCAGCAGACGGCCGCGCCCCAGAGACAGGGCCCGCAGCACCCAGCAGAGGGCCGCGCCCCAGAGACAGGGCCCGCAGCACCCAGCAGAGGGCCGCGCCCCAGAGACAGGGCCCGCAGCACCCAGCAGACGGCCGCGCCCCAGCACCCAGCAGACGGCCGCGCCCCAGCGACAGGGCCGGCAGCACCCAGCAGACGGCUGCGCCCCAGCGACGGGGCCGCCAGCACAGAGCAGACGACCGCGCCCCAGCGACGGGGCUGGCAGCACCCAGCAGAGGGCUGCGCCCCAGCGAUGGGGCUGGCAGCACCCAGCAGAGGGCUGCGCCCCAGGGACGGAGCCGCCAGCACAGAGCAGACGGCCGCGCGGCAAGGUCCUGUUCCUGGGGCUGUGGACGUUCUUCAGUGCCUGAUUUUGACACGUUCUAGGAUGACUGAGAUCUCUCCAGUGUGA